AGCAUUGGUUUGCUGGCGACAGCUCCUCCCAGCAGGGUUCGAAGCAUGGCACUCCCAACACCGAUUCUGGAGGAUUUGGAGUGGGCGUGGGAGGAGCUGGCUGCCUCUACCGAAACGAUGAUGCGGAUGCGGGAGGAAGAUCGCAAAUGCUUUGAAAGUCAAGGAUCCAAGUCAUUGGACAAGACCGCGCGCCUUGGGGCUGUACGUGCGGUGGGCGCAACCUGUUCGGACUCACAUUGGUCUAAGGCGGUUCUACUGCUGGAUCGCUACAGCUCAUAUUGCGCGAGCCUUCCGAAGCUGCCACUGACCUGUGCCGCGAUUGCAAGAAUCGUGGCGAAGUUGGAAAUCGGAGGACACUACGAAAGAGACCUCUUCCUGACUGAGAAUUCAGGAGGAUGGAUGGUGGCACAGGACUUUGCCACGUGGGUGGGCAUGACCUUCGGUUGCACCACCGAGGAGAUCACCGACUCGACUUUGAGCAAGCAUGAAUUUGAGGUUCUGAAGGCUUUGGACUGGAAGGUUGAUUGGCCUUGCCUGGAACAGUGGCUUCACACGAUCUCAGCGCGCUUUAGCGUGCUCACAGGAGCCCAGAACAACGAGCAGCUUCAGAUGAUGAUGCGAUCGAUUCUGAUUUCGGCGCGCGCGAUUCUUACGACUGAAGCUCCGCACAAACUCAGCCAUGGAGAUUUGGCCAUGGGCCUCUUUGGCGCGCACGUGCUGCUGGAGCCGCUGAUGGGGACGCCAGAUGAGCUGGGGGAAGCUGGCAGAAGUGCAGCGACCUGUCCCGAAUGGUCGAAGUUGUUCAUAGCUCUCAAGCCUGGAGGAAAUGCCGAUCGUGCAUCCAGUGAGGCGUCAUCCCGGCUCCUUGAUGCAACAAAUGAGGCACAGCAAGAUGAGAAGGAGAUUGGCAAGAACGUGCAACAUGCUGUUCGAGAAUUGCAAGAUGCUUUUCGUUCGAUGUCAAUGGUCACAUGAAGGACAGAUCGGAUAGUUGGGGCACCAGGCACCAGGCAAAGUGCCUCACCGGUUGCCUGCAGGACAGAUCGGAUAGUGGGGGCACUUGCAUGGCCGGUCACCUGCAGGACAGAUCGGAUAGUGGGGGCACCAUGCCCCACCGGUCUGCAACAUGAGUGCAGUCGAUUUUUGCUCGAUUGCCUUUCGCUGCCAAUUCAUUUAAUAUCUUGUCAAGCUGCUGGUUGAGAACAUUCAGCAAGGCAGCUGCUGACAUGCGGACUUGCGGGGUAUACGAUCGUACAUGUGAUAUACCUGGCUUUUGC